CAGUAAACAAAGACGAACAAUCAGUCGGUCAGCUUCUUUUUUACCUCAACAAAAAUGUUUACUUUGGUGGUUUUGACUUUGUGGAUUUCUUUAACUGAAACAGGUAAAUCAGUUUUGUAUGUAUUAAUAACAAAGGCGUAUGCAGUUAUUACUUUGCUCCGAAGCAACGCGAAGGAUUUGUGUUGAAAUUAGGGUCCUUGCUCCUAGCUUUAUCAAUUUUUUUACAGUUUUUACCAAUUUUUCCGUAAACUUUCACUUAACUGUUAAAUAGGCGACCUUCGAUCUAUUAUGUAGUCACAAACUGUAAAAUUCUUAAACGAACGGAUGAUUAUCGCCGACAUGUUAUUAACCAUCGGCGAGACAAGGGAAGGACUUUGAUACUGUUUUCGUUUCCUGACUUUAUCCUAACUGAACCAGCUUUCUGAAGCAGCCGUCCGAGUGUACAGUUAUUGAACUGAGAAUUUGCUUUCAUGGAAGAUAGAAAGUGAUCUUGAGUAGCCUUGCUGCUAUAAGAAAAAUUACAGUUCCAAUUAAUGACGAGCAUAGGUUCAGAUAGUUAUUGAUAUAUUGGAAUAUGUGACUGAGCAGAUGAAAGCACUUUGAGUUAUUAAAAAGGCAUGCAGUACUGUAACACCAAGGACUAGGCUUUCCGAACAAUCUUUUAAGAUGAAAGGAAAUGGAUGACACCAACCUUUCAACGCUAUAAACUCAUGGUCAUUCAAAAUUCUCUCAUUAACCAUUUAUUGUUCUCUAAGAACCAAAAAGGAUCAAAAAGAAAAAGUAUUAAUAAAUUUCCCUCAUCUCAUGGCCGUAGAGCUGUUUAAGUGUAUAUUGAAACAUGCUGAAACAUGCGCAAACUUUCACAGUUAAUUCAAGUCUCUUUUGUAUCACACCAGAUGAUGUGAGCGAAAGCAUUAGAAAUAUUGACUCCGGCAGUGAAAGAGAGAGAAAACCGACUUCAGAUAUUAAAACGCCUUCGUUAUUUCGGUCUUAUCUGACGCAUGACGUGAAAUUUAGAAAAGAAAAGCGCCAGGGCUCAUAUCUUGAGGCAUUUUUGAGGGCCUUAUAGAGGAAAAAUUGCGUUUCCAAAAUCUGUUGGGCUUAUAAUUGGAGAAAAAUAUGUGCAAGCUUUUUUUGAAACUGCAAGUCAUAAGGAUAAUUCUCAGGCAUUGCAAUUACAACAGCAAUAAAAUAAAUUGAAAAUGGAACAUUUACAUACCGUUGAUAAUGGCAAGUCAAUACUUCAUUAGCCGCCAUAAUAGCGCCCAAGUCAUUAAGAAACACCCCAUGCACAACUCACUGACAACUGCUAUUAAUUACUUUAUAGUUUAUGAGGUAGCUUAGUUUAUUAGUAGUUAAGUAAUGAUGUAAUUGAAUAUGUUUGCUCAAAGUUCAUUGAUAUCUCAGUAACAUGUGAAGAUUUACCUCCUGGCCUUGUCUUGUCUUUAUUUCAUAUUUGAGGGUAAUUCCCAGAUACAAGGCCCCCGGGGGCGUAUAUGCGCGGGCACUUGUGAAGAGGCCUUUUUUGCGUUUCUAACUUAACUUAUAGGAGGCUUGUAUUUAGAGAGACAUAUAAACGAAAGGGCGUAAUCUUUUUGUGAAUGUUACCGUAUAUUUUCUCUGGUUCAACGUUUAAUUAUUUAAUUUUUUUUUUCUUUAAUUUUGUAACUUAUAUCUACUUAGAACAGUACUUGAGCUUCAUUACCCGAGCUAUCUUUGAGGCUGGGAGACUGCGCCUUUGAAAGCGGAAGAAUUAAAAUUUAACUCUUUGUGCGGCUGUAGCUUCGGUUGCACUGAUCUUGCUUUUGGUAUAAGGCUGUAUAUUUUCGUACCAGCAUAUUUUGUGAUAAGUUUCGACCUCUUAUAAUUAAUUAAAUAUUUUCUCAAGUCGGUAUCAUAAAUUGCAGCGAGAUGGACUAACUCUAUUAAAUCUUCCUUUUUGAAAUAUUCUGGAGAGCUAAAAAAUAAAAUUGGAGCCGGAUUAGCCUGCGAACAACAAGCUCUCCAAUUCAGUGGCGAGCGAUGCGACUACCGUACCCUGAAAUGUAGAGCUUGUUCGCAGGCUAGAGCCGGAUUCCUGAAGCCGUCCAACCCUGCCUAUAAUUGUUAACAGUUGGCUAUUGUGAUGAGAUAAUGCUUCAGGGUUUCAUGAAUCAUUUAUACACAAUGAAAUAAAUUUGUAAGCCGUCCAAUGCUGGCUGACUGGAUGACUGUUUGACUGACUGACGGACUGACGGACGGACUGACUUAAUGACUGGCUGAAUGCCUCUCUGACUGAAUCAGAGAUGGAUGGAUCGAUCGAUUGAUCGAUUGAUUGGUUGGUUGAUUGAUUGAUUGAUUUACAAGUAGAAAUCAUUCCAUUAUGUUGCUUUUUAAAGCCUUUGGACAGAUAACAGAGUCUUACUCAAGAACCUUUUCGGUCCACAAUGGAGACAGACUUUUCUUAAGGUGCACUCAUAGAGAACUGAGCAGGAUUUCCCCCAUAGAGAGAUUAAUAUGGUUCAAAGAUAGUGUCGCGAUCCCAGCAUCAGAUCCGCGGCUUAAUUCGGAAAAUGGCACCCUGACAAUCGAACAAGUCCGUAAAAGUGAUGCAGGCACGUACCGUUGUGAACUGAAAACGUUAGACAUCUUGAGCAACAGCAGCACGACAAUAAAUGUUAUAGGUAAGCUACUGAAUCUCAAUUUCCUUUUAAGCCCUCAUAUCCUAUAAGCCUCGCACCUCUCUAACACGCACACCUAUCGUUGGUCUAUAGACUCCUUCAGUCAUCUUCUUUGUCUCUCCAGUAACUCUCGACAAGGCGGACAUUUCCUUAAAGGGAACACCUCAAGAUACUCCCUGCCAUCUUUCAGCCAUCUUCUUUGCCUCUCUAUAAGCCCGAUGUAUUUUCUAAGAUUUCAAGAGAUUUUUUCCCAGAGACGGAGUUGACUGUUUAAGGAUUAAGUAAGGAUUAUCUCCUGAUGAAGUAUUCUACAGCAAUCAGAAAAGGACUUUGGCUGAUGAUUACAACUACCACACUGAGUAAAGUAAAAAGGUCUUAUAAUGAAUUUAAGAGGGGCUGAAAAGAGAUUUUAAUAAAAACUUCUCCUACAAUAUAAGUUAAAUCAAAAGGAAACCGCACUCCGGUUAUAUUCCUUAAAGUGUUAUUUUUCAUCUCUCUCACAGGAAUGGACCCAUUCAAUCCAAGCAACGUUACACAUACGGUUAUAAAUAUCAGUAGCAGUCCUCCACCACCAACAACAUCGUACAACAAGAUUGCAUCGUUACAAAAAGAGGUUUGUUUGCAAAGUGGCCUACCCAAAUGUAAAAUGAUUACUGGCUAACAUAAUACACUGUACGAGCUUUUUUUUCCAAAUUCCAGUCACUGUGGUUUUAGUUUGUUUAUGCUUUAAAACUGCGAUAUAAGCAAAGGUCUGCUCGACUACACCAAAAUUAGCACAGCUUACAUGAUGUACUAUCAGACAGUACCAACAGCGGUUCUAACUGUACUGUGGCAGUGCUAAAUAGAUUUGCUGUUCAUAAUUAUUGUUUAUUUCUCUUUUAACUUUGUUAUUCUCUUUUCUAGGUCAACGUUAUCAGUAGCAAUCCUCCACCACCAACAACAUCGUACAACACGAUUGCAUCGUUACAAAAAGAGGUUUGUUUGCAAAGUGGCCUACCCAAAUGUAAAAUGAUUACUGGCUAACAUAAUACACUGUACGAGCUUUUUUUCCAAAUUCCAGUCACUGUGGUUUUAGUUUGUUUAUGCUUUAAAACUGCGGAAUAAGCAAAGGUCUGCUCGACUACACCAAAAUUAGCACAGCUUACAUGAUGUACUAUCAGUCAGUACCAACAGCGGUUCUAAAUGUACUGUGGCAGUGCUAAAUAGAUUUGCUGUUCAUAAUUAUUGCUUAUUUCUCUUCUAACUUUGUUAUUCUCUUUUCUAGGUCAACGUUAACAGUAGCAGUCCUCCACCACCAACAACAUCGUACAACAAGAUUGCAUUGUUACAAAAAGAGGUUUGUAUAGGACACGUCAUGCUGUAUAGUCAAACCUGUUUGAUGCGGUCACUGUUGGGGAACGGCCAACCGCCCCCUGAGUUAAUACAGGUUAAUACAGGUCUGACAAACAGAAGAGUUACCUUAUCAAGAAAAUAAAGAUGUCAACAAAGCGAAAUUUUUUCGUCAGGCGACAAAUUUACCUCAAAGUGUUUCUACCUCUUCUUUUGCCAAAAGAAAAGGAGUAAGGGAUCACUCGGCUAUUGUGCCAUGCACAAUGUAUAUAUAUAUAGCACUAGUAGUGUGGUUCGCCUUCGUUGACAAAAUGGUCAGUAGGCCGCGCGUAAAAGUAGUAUCCACUGUCAUCAGCACGAAGAUAUUGAGAGUCCUUUGUAUAUCAAGCGAAUCAUCUUUCUAUUUUUUUCCCAAUCUAGAUUGACGAACUAUCGAAUGGGAAUUCCUCGGUAAAUGUAAGCAGUUUUAUAAAAAGUUUCGCAAACGCAACAAAAUCAGGAAAUGAAAUCACACGCACUGCAAAAGGAUUGUCAGCUUCAGUGAAGAUCCUAGUUCAACUUGUAAACUAUAAUUCAUUGGUGAACAACAGUGCAGUUAAUACGACAACAGACCAGCAAAAUAUUGUACAAGUAGCAAGUAAUCUUCUGGAGGAAGAAAAUACCCCCACUUGGUUAUUUCUGGAAGAGGUAUGUGAUGUUUUUUUAGUUAUUUAAAACACUGGAGCAGCUAUUUUCUAGCCUUCGUCGCAGACUUAAGGGACAAUGUAUUAGGAAGGGUGGCUGAAAAAUGAGCUUGACAUAGAGUGAUAUUAAGUAGCGCUUCCUCGCAAAAACACAAGUUAGCCGGCUCUGACUGUGCAGGCUAAUAUUUUCAAGAAAUUACUCUUACUACGGUUUGUUUACAAAUUCUUAGAGUGGCAGUAAUGUAACGGAUAACCUUUUAAAGGCAAUGGACGACUUUGGUUCGCAAGUUGGUAGCCAGCUAGACGCGGGUUUGGACAACUCAUCUAACGUGACAAUCUAUACUCGGAACAUUGUUUUUAGGGUGGAUCUCUUAAAAACUGCAAAAAAGGUAAAAUGAAUAAAGUAGUCUAGUUUGGAGUUAAAAAUUACCACUGAAUACAAAUAUUAACGACACAUUCAUACAGGGUUAGUCAGUGUAGUGUUUGAAAAUACACAAUAGACAGAGUAAUAAACAGGUCUUCGUCUCUUUGGAAUUUGUAAAUAUAUUUACUUCAGAUGGAGUCUAAGCCUGUAAAAUUUGCGUCUUAUUCACUUCUUUUAUUCAGCGGUCAAAGCGAUCUCAAAACUGGACUAUGAGUCAUGGACUAGAAUUACUUUUAGCCUUUGAGGAGCAAGAGUGGAGAAGUGGUGAGAGCAUUCGGCUCCCACCAAUGUGGCCCCGGUUUGAAUCCCGGAGUACAAGCCAUAUAUGGGUUGAGUUUGUUGUUGGCUCUCUCCCUUGCUCCAAGAGGUUUUUCAUCGGGUACUCCGGUUUUCCCCUGUCCUCAAAAACCAACACUUAAUUCCAAUUCGAUCUGGAACGCACGGACGCGUUUAAACGAGUUCAUAAAACUCUAAGUGCUUCGCCGUUUUCGUUUCCGUUUUAGGCCAUUUCCGAGUUUCCCCGGGCUUCUGUAUCAAAACGAGGUUAAGUGCUCAGUCCUGUUAUGGAAAUGAUUUUUUUUCAUUCUCAUGCAAAUAAAACUCAUUGUCACAAGAAAGGUUGUGCACUUGACCUCAUUUUGAAAGUGAGGGUUUUUGGAACUCGGAAGAGGCCUAUUACAAAUUACAAAUUUGUAUCAUUCUACAUUUGAAGUAAUAUAUCAAACAUGAGAUGCAGUGUUUCAUCACCAGAUGAAACACCGAGAAGAGAGUUGAAAAUACGACGCGCAGCGGAGUAUUUUUGACGAACUUCGAGGUGUUUCAUCUGGUGAUGAAACACUGUGUCGAAUGUUUGAUAUUUCUUCGCAAACAAAAUCAUUUUUGAAGGAGAAAUUAAGGAUGCAAAUGCUAAGCAGUGUUUCAUCCGAUUUCCAAACACUCAUUAAACAUUAAUUUCCUUUGUAUUUUCUUAAUGAAUUAUUAAUGAGUUUGAGAACAAGAGAGAACAUUCUCUCUUGAUUGGAAACAUUAUAUUCUCCUGUUUGGAAACAUUAUUGGUCCUCUGUUUGGAGCAACACCACCCAAUCUAAUCUGGACAAACUCCAAGCUGUACAUAAUUUCGCCUGUAGAAUUGUGAGCGGGGCUGGAAAAUCUGAUCACAUCACUCCCUUGUUAAAGGACUUGUGCUGGCUCUCAGUCAAGCAACAGUUAUAUUUUCGACUUGCUGUUUUAGUAUUUGAGUUCAUGACUGGGUAUGCUCCAGCGUACUUAAAAUCAAAGUUCGUAAAAAGAUCGGCCGUUUCGACAAGGACAACCAGGAACUCGAAAAUGUUGAGAAGCCAGUCUUCCGCACUGCUAAUGGCCAAAGGUCCUUCGAAUAUAGAGCGACGUCCCUUUGGAAUAAAAGAGCUCAAGCUAAGCGAAUCCGUUAAACGUUUUAAGCGUCAACGACUUCUUCUGGACGCCUCUUUUAGUUUGUUAAUUAUUUUUCGUGUUAUUAUUACAACUGCAACGUUGACUCUGAAAAGCCCCGUGGAGACGAGGCAAUAAAUAUGUAUAUAUGUAUAUUUAUAAUGUUCUCCAAUCUCUGUGCGUGGAUUAGAAUUUUUAAUUUUUUUAAUAUAAUUAAAACUUUGUUCUUCUCCUUGAUCGCGCCUUGAGUUGUUACUGGUAUGGUGGCCAAUUUGUUAAGCCCUUUUUUUAAUGCAAAUUCUGCGCAAUAAAAUUUCUAUAACUAAUUGUCUUAACUUCCAACAUGGCCGCCUUCCUACUCACAUGGUUCUAGACCAAAACUCUACAAGAGAGACGUAUUGACUCCUAAUCAGUCAAAACUCCUGAAUGAUAAUCACAAAGCUCCCAUUUUCAUGUCUCAACCGUUGUCAAAAACCAACUGUAUUGUCAUGGUUUCGUUCACAUAACUUUUAAAAUUAGUUCUUCGUUGCAUUAUCUCUUGAGAGGAAAACCCCAAUUCUGCAUUCAUAUUUCAUUUUCUUUUCAGCUCAGCAUGGACUUCUCCCAGCACGGCGCAGAGAUAUUUGUUCCUGGUGAAGUGUUCGCCUCAAAUUCAGCAACUAAAGCGUCCACCAUUGUCUACAAGACUCUCAACAAUAUCUUAACACUUAAAAAGGAAGAUGCAAAGAACGAAGAAAAGAAUGGAAAGACAAAAUUCAAGAGUGGCUCAAACAUUGUUUCUGCCACAAUUCUUCCGCGUCCUGUCAGCCCGAUGAGAAAACCAAUCAAGUUUGUUUUUCAUCACAAGAACAAGGCAAGUUAUCAGACAGCAAAAACCUGAGAAAAGAUGUCAUUUUUAUGUCCUUUAUCCGCAAGUCCUUGAGUCCAAGCGGUGGCUUUAAUUUAUUUAUUGUUUAUCACUUUUUCCAUCAUUUUUAACACCCUAGCACAAAUCCAACUGGCAGUUUCCUUUCUUCACCUUUUCUCGGCUUCUAUCCGGUGUGCAUAAAGAUGGAAAAUGGAUGAUAUAACUGAUCAGGAAGUAAACUGUCUUUUUGAUUACAGAGUGAAGAUGUUAUUGGAAGCUGUGUAUUCUGGCAAAUAGGACUUCCGCAGAGAACGUGGUUAACGCGUGGAUGCGUGCGUGUGGAACACGAAUCAAGUGCGCGAGUAACCACAUGCGAGUGUGAUCACCUGACGGUCUUUGCAGUGUUAAUGAACAACAAACCGGUAAAAACAAUUAUUUUGUAUUCCCUGUAACUCCCAGAAUAUGAGUAAAUAAAAAUAUUUAUAUUGCAGCUUUUUUGCUGAAACUGGACCCAUAUUAACGGGCUUGCCCUGAGAAAUUCAGUUAUAUCAUCAUUUAUCUUUUUUUCAUUAACGUAGUCUACUACAUUUCAUUCACGAUUAUACCCUGCUGGUUCUUUCUGGGGACGAGUUUGUGUCACAGUGAAGCCCAGACCAACGGUUACAGGCUGUGACCUUGCAGCUCAGCCAAUUGAACGCCUUGAGCUGAUCGAAGGUUUUUGGCAAAGUGGCCUACCCAAAUGUAAAAUGAUUACUGGCUAACAUAAUACACUGCACGAGCUUUUUUUCCAAAUUCCAGUCACUGUGGUUUUAGUUUGUUCAUGCUUUAAAACUGCGGAAUAAGCAAAGGUCUGCUCGACUCAGGGGCACCCAAUGGAUCUGUUCCUCAAAAUAUCUGUUCUUUAGGCAGAUUUUUGCUGGCUGGGAGAUGUGAAAGAAAUAAUAGUCCUUGGAAGGAAAGUGUUGCUGGGAAAAAGAUAAUUCAGGGUGUCAGAGGGGAUUUGAAGUCUAGAAUAGCUGCUACGGUUUAUGGGUUACUUACCACUCAAGAUCUGAAUUGACCACUCCAGAAAUACCAUAACAUACCAUAAUGUUCUUUGUUUGUCACCCCAAAAUUUUGCAUGAGCAUUGUUUUCAGUUUCUCUUGGGGCCAUUUUAACUCCCAAGAGAAACUGAAGACAAUGCUUAUGCAAAACUUUGGGGCGACAAUCAAAAAGCAUUAUGGUAUGUUAUGGUAUUUUCUGGAGUGGCCAAUUGUGCCCUAUGAAACUUCCCAGUAAGUCAGGUUGCAGGUUGUAAGGUUGCUGGGUGGGAACUUUUUCAUCAAUCUUGCUGGGAGUAAGGAACAGAUAAUUUUUUUUCCAGCUAUCUCCCAAAAUGCUUAAAAUAGUCUGAGAAAACUUUAUUCACGCUUUGUUGUUGUUUUUAGGUCUUUUUCUCAAAAUUUCCCGUUGGGUGCCCCUGUCGACUACACCAAAAUUAGUACAGGUUACAUGACGUACUAUCAGACAGUACCAACAGCGGUUCUAAAUGUACUGUGGCAGUGCUAAAUAGAUUUGCUGUUCAUAAUUAUUUUUCAUUUCUCUUCUCACUUUGUUAUUCUCUUUUCUAGGUCAAAACUCAUCACGAACUUUACUUGAAGUCUAUCGCCACCAUAGGCUGCGCAUGCUCUUUGUUGUUUCUACUGCUGACCUUCGUGUUAAUGGCAUGGCUUUGGAAGUAUUUAAAGAGCCCAAGAGUGAAAAUGAUAUUACAUUUGAGCAUUGCUAUUGCUGCGACUUGCAUUUUAAUCAUGAUCAAUGAGAACUACCACCUGGAGGAGGUAAAUAUUUAUAUCUCAAGUAUUGUUUACCAGGAUAAGGCUGGUACCAUCCUCUUACUCACAUAUUUGCUUAAAAAAAUUAAAGGCUAUUCCAAACUUUCCCGAAAUUUCUGCAUUUAGUCUUUACCAGACGAACCAAAAUCCUUCACCAUCCUUCCUCAAAAUCCUUUAACAAUCAGAGAGACAAAGAGGUUUUUUAAAAAAGUUAUGUUGAACUCAUUGUAAUGUAUAUAUUGCUCCUUCUUCAGUUUCGGGUUGGUCUCUGCUGCUGCAGAAAAAAAAAAUCUUUUCAUGCUCAAAGUAGUAACCCUUGCAUAUCUUUCUCGGUGGCACCACCUCAUUUUGUUUCCCUAGCGACUGAUCAUCUAAAUACAAUAGUGGCUGCUGUUGUUAUAAGAAUCAGAUUGAACCUAAGAUCCUUUUACCCUUGGCCUUUAAGCUCCAAUAUCCACAUACAAUUUAAUGUUCUCCAGACUCAUUGAGAGAAUUUGACAAGAGAUCUAAACAGUUCCCCUUUGUUGAUUGAUUUAUCAAUUCUCAUAGCUGAUGAUGCAUUGAUAUUGCCAUUGGAGAACUGCAGCCUCGGUCCCAGGGGUUUCUCCUCUGUUUCCUUUAAGCCAGGCAACAACGAAAGACGCACGAGGAGGAACAAAUGGGCGGUCACUCUGGGAUUUGACGGGUUAACAGUCACUUUCCAUUUGUUACUUGACAGGUUUGGUGUACAGUCAUGGCGGCGUUACUUCAUUAUUUUCUCCUGUGUGUGUUCACAUGGAUGUUCAACCAUGGCGUCCUGCUUUAUUUACUCAUCAUAAAAGCGGACCUGAGA